AUGGGACCUCAAAACCCUAUUAUCAGAAUAAGCUCUCAUGAAUGGGAUGGGGCUCAGCCAAUGUUUGACAUUCGUCACGACCAUUCUAUCCAAAUGAAGGGCUCCGACUGUCUCGAUGGCGUGCUUCGAAAGAACUUUAUACAGCAGCAUGCAGAUAUGGGCGAUAAGAUAUUCUGGCCGCCGCCAAUCCUCAAGAACAUUAUGACAAAAGACCACGUUUCACAAGAAUUGGCAAGGUUGAAAAGCGACAAGAAGUUAGCCGGAGACCCGUUCGAACUCGUUCACAAGAUUAUUGCCGGAUAUCUAAAGGUCUUUGCUACAUUGACGCUUGCCGGGAAAGGGAAGUAUAUUGAGAAAUUCAUUCAGGACGGCGUCACAGACGGGUGUCUACCCCUCCAAGUACGUGGGGGCGCAAUCUCCCGAACGGAUGCACCGAAUAAAGUGCUUGCCUGCUUCGAAGAGCUGAAAUCCCGCGAUAAGGAUUGUUUCCUUCAGUAUCAGCACCAAGUGAAUCCAGUAAUCCUUGGCUUCAAUGGAGACCACAGAACAACUCAGCAUAAAGAUCUACGAGCCGGUGCUAUUUUACCCUUUACUGAAGUCAAGCCGAUGCGAGAUGGUGGUUUCUCUACUGUCAUACAGGUGACUGUACAUCCGGACUGCCAUGGGUUCAAUGAUUUUCUCAAACCAAUUAUAGUGAACGAUAAAUUUGCCUUGAAAGAGCUUUCGGCAUCUGGUACUGCCACGGAGUUUAGGAAGGAGUUGGAUGCACUGAAGCGGUUUACCCACAAACAUCUGAUCACUUUGCUCAUGUCAUGGACGUUCAAUAACCGCUACAAUCUCUUAUUCCCACUUGCAGGCGCUAACCUGGAAGACUAUUGGAGCUCUUCUCGUCUUCCUGGAAGUAUUAUACGCAUUGAUAUCGAUCUCGUGCAGUGGAUCUCGAAGCAGAUCGUCGGAAUGGCGGGCGCGUUGAAUGCUGUCCACGAACCAACUCAAUUUCUCCAAGCAAUCCCCAAAUAUGGCCGUCAUGGUGACCUCAAGCCUGAGAAUAUCCUAUGGUACCAGUCUGAAGAAGAUAGUAGAGGUAUACUUGUCAUAGCUGAUCUGGGGCUGUCGGCAAUUAACUCAGAUAAAAGUCGUUCCAAUAUUCCGAAUAAUGGAAUACCCGGUACACCAGGGUACAGACCUCCCGAAUGUGACCUUGACGGAGGUAAAAUCUCGCGAUCUUACGACAUCUGGACUUUCGGCUGCCUUCUCCUGGAGUUGGUAUGUUGGGCGCUGGGCGGUGAAGAAAAUCGCCAGGAAUUCGAGAAAGCUAGGGAGUCUCCUUACAUCACAGGGGCUGUUACAGAUAUCUUCUUUGAUGUCCAGGUCAAGGAAAACGGGCAAGGGUAUACGAUCACAGUGAAAGAACAGGUUAGAAAGUGGACAAGCGACCUACACAAUCUACCCACAUGCACAGAAUACUUCCACGAGCUUCUAGACCUCAUUGAAACGCAGAUGAUAAUCGCGUUGUCGCAAGACAGAAACAGAAUCAAGUCUCCUAGUCUCUUGGAAACACUUGAAAGGAUGCAUCGACGAGUCAUGGAUGGUACGGAUGGUUAUUGUAGGAAGGCAUGUCCUAAAAAACACGUCAAAAGAGAGCCGGAGCCAGUAGAUGCCAUUUUGAACAUCAUGGCUAAUAAGAUGGUACGGGAGCGAAAACCGGCUCUCAGCACGCAUAAAGGAGAAACCCAGAAACCGAAAUCAAGGCAAGAGCUGCAGAACAUGCCCUAGAUGGAUGCUUCGUCUCCUUAUCUUGUCGCGCACUUUUUCGCGCAUUAUGCUCUAGAACCAGCGAUUGUUUCGCUGACCUCGGUUAGGCCGAGUUAUCUCCCAUAGUAACUUGACUUGUCGUAAAUAUCCCUCAAAUCAUCUUCCUCAUCCGCUCAGCCGGUACACUUCAUCGACUGGCGCACAGCGCGCUUCCCGGAAUGAAGGCCCGGGGUUUCAAGAUUCUGCAUAAUGGGUGAUCUCAACGGAGGAUCUUAUUGCGUCGAGCUCGGC